AUGUUCUCCAACCUGGAUUUACGGAGCAUGCGCUCCUUGCAGUCGCAGUCGCGGUCUCAGCAGCGGCUUCUGAAGUCCCAGGCCGCCCUUCAGCACAGGGCUUUGGCUUCACGGCCCGUCAGCAGCCAGCAAGUCAGCGGACCCCGGAAGGAGAUACCUGAGAACGAGGUUGAUGUCUUGAGCCGGCUGACGCUGGAAGAGCUGCAACAGCUGGUGCUGUCGCCCCCGGUCCUCGACGAAGGUGACUACCAAGCCAAGCUGACCCUUCUCAGCCCCAACCGCAUUCCGCUGUCGUCGACGGGCCCCCUGCAUCCGCAGUGGGUGCAGGUGCAUGUGUACAACCUCAGUGAGAAUUUUGUUGGCGCCAACCAGAUGCUGACCUUUGCCGAAAGCGGUCCUGCCAUAGGAGGUGCCUUUCACGUCGGCGUCGAGGUCUUCGGUGCCGAGUGGUCCUAUGGGGUCUAUGGCAUCGCUUGUGAUCCGCCGCGCUCAGAGACGGCGCACGUCUACGAGUGCAGCGUGUUUGUGGGGUCUACAGUCAGGAGCCAGAUGGAAGUGGCCAACAUCCUGUUCAACCUCUGCCAAGAAUGGCGAGGGCAGGACUACGAUGUCUUGAGUCACAACUGCUGCAGCUUCGGCAGGAGGUUCGUUGAGGCUCUUGGAGUGGGUCCGAUGCCAGACUGGGUGGACCGCUUCGCGCGCACGCUGCACGCCACACGUGCGGGCAUCCAGCAAGCAGGUGAUCGGUUGCAGAAGGUCGUUCUCGAGGACGUGCCGGUUCUCUACAGCGUCGCGCGGCCUCACGUGGAGCGCGCCCUGGUUCAGACGCAGGUGUACGUCGUGGAGAAAGGGACGCAGGCCAAGCAGGUGAUCCACAAGGCUGUGGUCCAUGACGUGCCUGUCCUGGUGGAAACCGGCGUGGAGACGGCACGGCCGUACGUCCAGCAGGCCGGCCAGGCGAUCCACAAGGUCGUUUGGCAUGACGUGCCGGUGAUGUAUGAGACGGCGCGGCCGUAUGUCGAGGAGGCCGCCCGUGCCGCGCACCGCGCAGUAGCCGAGGAGGCGCCCAAGGCCAUCGAGGCCAUGCGGCCGCACGUCGAGCGCGCGGUCUCCCACGCCUGGCACCAGACGAGCGCCGCGGUGCAAACGGCAGGGGAGGUCAUCAGCCAGCACGCGCAGACGGCGGCCGAGAGUGUGGCCAUUGCUGCAGAGGCUGUUCAAGACCAGCUCUUCGGAAGCUCCAGCAGCUCGAGCAGGAGCAGCAGCUCGGCGUCUGCGAAGAUGGAGACCGCCCCGCAGCCGUGUGAAGCGAGGACAGCGGCGCCCAUGAGGUCAGGAACGGCCGUGCAGGUGCUCACUGCGCCACUGGACCCAGGAUUCAGGCCGCGGACGCAGUCGCAGAUCGUGUACCCAGUCAGGGCCACACCGGUGCGUCUGCCGGCCCAGGCCCAUAUCAAAGAACCACGUUCGGCACUGGGAGGCCUACAUGAUGCCUCCCCAGGCUCCAUGGCAGCCGGCGACCAGGCGAUUCCCCUGACUUUGGCCUUGCAACACAAGCUGCAGGAUUGCCAGGUUCUGAAGUGGAAAGCCGGAUCUUCCUGUGACUUUUGCCAGCCUCGCAUGAGACACCACCAUUUCAUGCUGCACUUACCUGUGGCAGAUCCGACGGCCGGCCACGCAGCCGGCUCCCUUACGCUAGCCCGCGAGUUCCGCGUCGCUCACUUCAACAUUCUGGGCAAGAACAUGGCGGGCACGAUGUGGUUCCACUACGCCCGAGAUUUCCUGCCUGCGCAGUUCGCCUCCUCUAAGUGGGACUACCGAAAGGCAGAUCCCAGUUUCCCUCAGAACCUGUUGUGGUCGCCGGACGAUGGGCAGUCGAGGUUCUACCGCCGCCAGGUGCUCCUCCAGGAGAUUCGCGCCCUGAGAGCCGAUAUUCUCUGCCUCGUGGAGCUGGACUGCUUCGCAGAGUUCCGGGACAUCCUAGAAGAGGAUGGCUACGAUGCUGUCUUUCAGAAGCGGCCAGAUGAUCGGAAGGGCGACGGCUGUGGCAUCUUCUGGCGCCGGGAGGCCUUCACAGCGGUCGGCCCUUGCCGUGCCUUGAUCUACGCACAGCCUGCGAAUGAUCGCAUUGCCUUGGGGCAGCUCCUGCUACAUCGGAGCUCGGCCGAGCCACUGUUGGUCCUCUCCAGCCACCUCUACUGGGACCAGGCGUCCGGGCACCAGGCGUCCGAAGCACAGGAGCUCGUCGACCUCAUGGAGGACAUGAUGCGCGGGUGCGACCUCGAGUCGGGCCGUAGGCCCGCAGUGGUCUUCUGCGCAGACCUGAACUCCCUGCCCGGGUCUGAUGCCUACCGGCUGAUCACCAGGAGGCUUCUAGAUGCGAGCUUCGGGCAGCCUGGUGGUGAGUAUGCCCAGGGCUCUUUCAGCACCCUCAAGCCUGAUGUCUACUGGUUUGCCGCACCGAAGGGUCAUCGGUCAGAAUGGUACGAGUGGCACUGGCAGGAGGGCCGGAAGGAGGUGAUUGACUACAUCUUCCACAGCCCGGACCUCGCGCUGGAAAAGCCCGUCGUGCUGCCCUGCAUGCCGGAGUCAACCCGCGCUGCCGGUUCGGACCGCCCGGCCAAGCGACACAAGCCCGGAGACGAGCUCUACGGAUACUGGUGCGGCGGCUGGCGCUUCCCCGACUCACCGGUCCCCGGGCUCGAGGAGUCAGUCGUAGUAAGCAUCCUGAUAAUGAGCGAACAUGCCAAGUCGUGGCCAGCACUGGCAGCAGAGUCGUCGGAAGAUGAGUACAGGCACGACUUUGCCGAGUUCGAUCUCAACAAGGACCGGAGAUCUCCCUGCAGUUCCGUGAAGCUUCGUACGAUGACCCAUGACAACCAGAUCGAUUUCCAAGAGCUGAGAAUCCAGGUGAAAGGGGAACUCGACGCCACCCACCUGCGCCGACUGGUCAUGGAGGAGUACGUGGCCUAUGCCCUCACGCUGUCCAUGGUGGAGUUCCUCAUCCUUGCCAAACAGACAGUGGAAAAGUUGGAGGGGACGGCGGAGGAGCAAAGUCCGCCUCCCACGCCGAAGAUGGCCACGGCGCAGCUGAAGAGGCGAGCAAAGGAGCAAGGCGCCACGUCCGCCCAACGCCUUCUGGCUCAGCUUCGGGGCCGCCACGUCCGCCUCAACACCAUCCACGUGAACACGGUGGUGACUGCGCUGGUUGCCGAGAGGCGCUGGUUGGAGGCCCUAUUCGCAUUUACCUCGACUCCUGCUAUGUCCUUGCAGCGGAGCAUUGUGAGUUUCGGCGGAGUCCUGGGUGUAGGAACUUGGCGUCACUCGGCGGCCCUGCUCCGCCUUCUUCAGCCACUUGCGCUGAAGGUGAACGAUGUCUGCAUGAACACAGUGAUCCACGCCGCCGCCCGCGGUCACCAAUGGGCGCUGGCCACCCUCGUGUUCGCCCAGAUGCCUGCCCGCACGCUGCUGCCGAACGAGAUAAGCGGUUCCGCCAUCCUGAGCGCCUGCGAGAAGAGCCGCUCCUGGCGGCGGGCCCUGCAGCAUCUCCGGACGGGGCAGGGGCCCAGCAGGAGCACCAUCGGCUGGAACGCUGCGGCCAGCGCCUGCGUGGACAGCUGGGCACAGGCGAUGGCAGUUCUCGACGCGAUGCCCGCCUCGGGCGUGCUAGCAGACAUCAUCAGCUUCAACGCCGGCCUCGGCCUGGGCCCGCUCUGGCCUCGCGCCCUGCGCCUUCCAAGAAGCCCGGAUGCCAUCACCUUCGGUACGGCCAUCAGCGGCCUGAAGCAAGGCCGCCAGUGGCUCCUUGCUGCAGGGCUCCUGGCCACCAUGGCCAUGCGGAGGGUGCGAGAGGUCUGCCGUAGCUUCAACUCCUGCAGCAGCGCCUACGAGCAGGACAGCCUCUGGGAGCCAGUGCUGGGACUCUUCAGGCGGAUGAGGAUGGUCAGCAUUCGGGGAGAUGAAGUCGGCAUGAAUUCGCUAGUCAGUGCCUGUGGUCAGCGCGGCCACUGGGGUUUGGCACUGGACGCUCUGCAUGGCAUGCCUGGCGCAAAGCUGGCACCCGACCAGAUCAGCGUGAAUUCGGCUCUGGCCGCCUGCAGGGCAGGUGCGCAUUGGCGGCUUGCCUUGCAGCUCUUGCUGCACCUGGCGCUCCAACGGCUUCGGAGCAGUGCUGUGACGUUCAACUCUGCACUUGGCUCCGUGGAGUCGCAGUCAGAGUCUUCUUGGUCCCGGCUCCUGGCCUUGUUGCGGCACAUGCGGGAGCGGGUGGUGUCUCCGACCAUCAUCACCUUCAACACAGGCAUUCGGCUGCUACAGAACAGCCCACGCUGGAGCGCCUGCCUGCGGUUGCUGGCGCGGGCCGGGAGCCAGCGCGCGCGCCGCGAUGCUGCUAGCCUCGCGCUGGUCCUCGACAGCCUUGCGGCAUCCGCUCGUCCCCUUUGGCCGCCGGCCCUCGUGCUGCUGAGCAGCGCCCGGCGUGAGGGCCUCGUGGCCUCCGACGCGGGGCAUGGAGUGGUGAUUCAGGCUGCCACCCGACAAGGGCACUGGCACCGGGCGCUGGCGCUCCUCGAUGGGGCGGCGCCCACGGAGCUGAGUCGGCUGGCCCUGGUGGACGCCUGUGAGAUGGGGUGCUUGCCUCUGGCAGCCACUGGGCUGCUCUGGGAG